GCGCGGAAGACGCAUCGUUCGCGCAGCGCCGGUGGCAAGUUCGGCAGCGGAAAAACAGCCCACGAUUUGCGGUACAAAACAAAAAGAAAAACGCAACUAUGUUCAGAGCAUGAAACUCUUAACAGGGGGAAGUCCAGGAGCGUCCAUGACGGACACUACAGAAGCAGAAGACUCAGAACGCAGGCAGGAACACCAGAAGCUGCUGUCUAGCCUGAAGAGCACCGUGGAGGGGCUCUUGGCUACUAACAACCCCAACGUGUGGUUGCGCUAUGGUGGCCUGCAGCGGCUUCACAAGGAUGUGAACAACAUUCUGAGCCAUGGCCUGAAGCAUGACACGGUGUACUGUAAACAGAAAGAUUACUGGCGAUUCGUUUGGUGUGUGCGCUACAUCUGCCCUCAGCUGGCCUCGCAUGUUGAACAGUUCAGCCACUUGGAACCCGUGCUCAUUAAUGGGCAGAAGAGUGAGGGGGAGGCGUACAAGGCAGAGCGUUGGCUGCUGCACAGCCUGCAGCUCCACUGUCUGUCUGCUCAGCUGCAGCCCUUGCUGAAGCACCGCACGCACACACAGAAGUUCUACAGUGAUGACGCCUUUCUGCUGAGCGAGCCUCACGUCUUGGCCAUGCUGCAGUGCUUGGAGGCCGUGGAGCAGAACAACCCGAAGCUGGUGGCUGCCGUUGACGCCGUCAGGCUGUGUUCCUUAAAGGAGUCUUCUGUGGCCUUGCUGAAGAGUCGGGGCUUGAAGUGUCUACUGCCGGGGGCGGAGCUUGGAGUCUCGCCCUCUGUACGACUCGCUAUCUCCCAGGCCUCUCUGAGGGAAGACCACGCAGCUCCGCGCACCUCCGACGGUUCCCCAGGGGCCCCUUGGACGUGCGAUACCAGCAAGCGGGGGUCCGAUUCCGAGGGCACCCUUCAGAUCUCGGUAACGGAGUCUCCUCAGCCUGCCGAGGUGGAAGGUGAGGACAAAGGGUCUGAGGAUCCUGAUGAUGGGCCCGAGUACCUGGCCAUUGGCAACCUGGGCCAGCACCGUCGUGUGAACUCCAUCAGCUCUUCGGGCACCAGCGAGUCGUCUUCAGGCUCUGCAUGGACCCCAUUGGCUGCAAGUCCCACGCGCCGGUCCUCCUAUUCCGAGGGUCAGGCGGGGCCUGGCCGAGGCUCUAAGGGCCACUCAAGGUCUCUGUCCCUGUCUGACUCGGGGCUUUCACAGAAUCAGGGCAAAGAAUCCUCUCCUGAUAUGUACCGUGCAGAGCAAUAUGGAUCCUUCUCCCCCCGUAGCAGUGAGCUCAGCACCCCCAACUCUGUUUGCUUGGAGUCUGACUGCUCUCAACGAAGCAGUGUGUCGGAUGGAAUGUUCCGGAAACCCUCUGAAGGGCAGAGCCUCAUUAGUUACCUCUCUGAGCAGGACUUUGGGAGCUGUGCAGACCUAGAGAAGGAAAACGCCCACUUUCGCAUAUCGGAGUCACUGAUCGCGGCCAUUGAGCUGAUGAAGAGCAACAUGCACGUGCUGGAGGAGGAGUACGAGGAGGACAGCGACUAUGAGAUCCAGCAGCUUAAGCAAAAGAUCCACCUGCGUAGACAACAAAUUAAGAAGAACCGGCUACAGGCCACAGCAGAGAAGAGCGAUACAUUUCCCUCUACAGACAGUGGCGAAUCUGUGAGGAGCUCUGAAGACUCCCUGCGGCUCUCUGACUUCGGCUCAGCUAAUGAGGGGGACGAAUGUGAGUUGAGAGGUGCAGAUACCGGACGCAGAAUGACACACUCUAGCAAAAAGUCUUUCCUCAGCUCUGAUUCCAUCACCCACUCCUUCCUGCAGUCUAACUCGGCUGAGUCGGUGGCCAUGGGGCUUCUGAGACAGUUUGAAGGGCUGCAGCUGCCUGCCGCCUCUGAGCUCGACUGGCUGGUUCCAGAAGACGAAGCACCCCAGAAGCUGCUUCCCAUCCCUGAUUCCUUGCCCAUUUCACCCGACGAUGGCGAGCACGCUGACAUCUACACACUGCGGAUUCGAGUCCGUGGAAACCUGGAGUGGGCUCCUCCGCGGCCUCAGAUUGUCUUCAAUGUCCACUCUCCGCUGAAGAGGAAGGUGGGCGUGGCCAAGCAGAACUACCGCUGUGCAGGCUGUGGCACUCGCAUUGACCCAGGGUAUAUUAAGCGGCUACGGUUCUGCGAAUACCUGGGCCGCUACUUCUGCCAGUGCUGCCACGAGAACGCCCGCGUUGUGGUGCCCGCCCGGGUCCUGAGAAAGUGGGACUUCGCCAAAUACCCUGUGAGCAACUUUGCCAGAGACCUCUUGGGGAAGAUUGCAGGAGAUCCCUUGUUCAACCUCAAGGACAUUAAUGGCGGUCUCUAUAAAAAAGUCAAGGCACUGGAAACUGUACGGCUGCUGAGGGUUCAGCUCUACCACAUGAAGAACAUGUUCAAGACGUGCCGCUUGGCUGAUGGGCUGCUGGAUCAGUUUGACUGUGUCCCUGCUCACCUGACGGAGGACCUGCACCUCUUCUCCCUCAAUGACUUCAAAGCUGCGCGCAGUGGAGAACUGACCGCCAAACUCCGAGAAUUACUGCGUUUGGGUUCCACCCACGUUGCGGGCUGCGUGCUCUGCCAGGGGAAAGGGUUUGUGUGUGAGUUUUGUGGUAUUGAGAAAGACGUCAUCUUCCCGUUCCAACUGAACAAGUGCCGGCGGUGUGAAGGUGAGCUUCUUCGCCUGCCUGGAGACCUGUCUGGUGCUCACUCGGCCGCCACCUCAUCCCGGCAGGUCUGGAAGUUCUCUCGGCCCUGCAGGCUGGCUAGGGCCCUGUCCCGAGAACGGAAAGAGGGCGAGGGAGGCGAAGAGACGGUACAGGAGGAAAUGAUCAAGAGAGCUAUAAGAAAUAUGAAAGGAGGAGGAAGUGGUGAGGAAGAAGAGGGAAAAAGUGAGCAUAUAAAAAAACUCACAAGAUGGCCUUUGGUGAAAUAUUGCUCUCUGGACGGAGGAGGCGAGGGCAACGUGAAGAAUGAAGGUGGUGCGGGGCAAGGUGGAAGGAAAAGAGUCAGAUUAGUCAAAAUGAUCAAGUCUGGCAUGUUAACGAAGGCCUUGUCAAAAGAGGGAAAUGUGAACCGAUGCAGGGAAGAUGGGGAAGUGAGAAAAGGUGAUGAGGGACAGGUAGAGAGUGAAGAUGUGGCAGAAAAUGGAGGUGAGGGGAAAUCGUGGAUAAUCCCUCGACUGAGCAGACGCACCAAGUUAAUUUAUUAUGGUGGGACUGGGGAACGAAAAGGUGUCGGAGCUCAGCCAGAAGGGGAAAGCGCCAAAAAUGUGAGUAAAGGCCUGGAGAUGCUUUGCGAGAGGAGGAAGCUCCCAGAAACCUACAAGUUCCUGGGCGGUUUCACAUUACAUGGGAAGGGCCAGGAUGAUGAAGAGGUAGCUGUGAACAUGGGCUUUGCUAAAGGCGUAGAAAAUAAAGAACAAAGUGGAGUCAGGGUUAAGGCAUCCCAGGGUGGGGGUAGUGCAGACUCGUGGUCCAGGAAACCUCUGAAAGCCAAGACACCAUUCAAAAGAAGGAGAGAGAAUGAAAGCGAAAGGAAGGGCACGGGAGGGGAGGAGAACACAGACUGAGGAGGUCCAGAAAGGAAAGUGGACGCACGAGGACUCGCACGCUCGUUGAAGUCAGUUGUGCGGAACACUUGAGACUUCUAACAGCAGUUUAUGGGCAGGAAAAUUGCAGAACUGACUUGAAUGAUAGAACAGACAGUACAGGAAGAGCGAAAACAAAGUUUGGAUUGAGGUACAACAAAAAAAAAAACCUGCAACGUACAAGAAAUAGGAGAAAGGGGGUGAAAACUGUUUCAGGCUGAGAGCUCAGCUUAAAGUGCUUUAAAAAUUCCCAGUUCAAUGGAACAGGGAGGAGAGGCUGAAUCUGGUUUAAAAAAGGGCAGUACAGAGAGAAGUGGAACUAUGUGAACCUUCUUUAGUUAUUUCUAGUAGGACAAGCAAAGCUUUCCUUCAUUCAUUCAGUACUGGAUGGGUGGUUGACAGUAAAGCUGGACCGAUUCUGCGGUUCCUCCAGUUUUUUCUAUGGCAGAAUGUCCCCUAAUCUCACUUGGCCGGGUUGAAGAAGAAGUGGAAGCGGAAAUCCUCAAAAUUCCAGAAAAAAUGUUCAAAGC